UGUGCGCGCGAGAGGAGCGGAGGAGAGCUGAGGGAUGCAGAGACAGCGAGAGAGACGGCAAAGUGAGGGGAGCCUUUCAACAGCAAAAUAAAUAGCCAUAUCCGUGAAGAACGCACGGAGUCCCUUGUAAUUAUGUCUUCGAAUAGAUUUUAUGUCCACUAUGGCAAUAUUUAGCUUAUGUUUAGACGUACAUCUGUAGCCUACACCGGGAGGUAACUGAGGGGUAGCCAAGCGAAGCAGUGAAGACCCGGCCGGCCGGUAGAGGACAGCCGGGGACGCUCAGCGCUGCUGUCAGAGAUGUCCCUGCUCUGUGUCGGAGUGAAGAAAGCCAAGCUGGAUGGAGCCCAAGAGAAGUUCAACACAUAUGUGACCCUGAAGGUGCAAAAUGUGAAGAGCACGACCAUCGCUGUCCGGGGAAGCCUGCCCAGCUGGGAGCAGGACUUCAUGUUUGAGAUUAACAGGCUGGACCUGGGGCUGACGGUGGAGAUGUGGAAUAAAGGCUUAAUAUGGGACACCAUGGUUGGCACGGUGUGGAUCCCCCUGCACAGCAUCCGCCAAUCAAACGAGGAGGGUCCGGGGGACUGGCUGACCCUGGACUCCCAGGUUAUCAUGGCGGACAACGAUAUCUGUGGAACCAAAGACCCCACUUUACACCAGGUGCUGCUGGACACACGCUUUGAACUUCCUCUCGAUAUCCCUGAGGAAGAGGCACGCUAUUGGGCCAAAAAACUGGAGCAACUCAAUGCCAUGAGAGACCAGGAUAUAACUAACCAGGACUCGUACCAGGAAGACCCGGAGCGACCACUUCCUGUCCCAGGGACACAGUGCUGUAACUGGAGUCUGUGGGGAGAACAACAAAAUGAGGACCCAGACAGUGCUGUGGAUGACCGAGACAGUGACUACCGCAGUGAGACCAGUAACAGCAUCCCUCCCCCCUACUAUACCACGUCUCAGCCCAACGCCUCCGUCCACCAGUACCCCAUCAGAGACCAGCAGCACCGCCAGGGGACCCGCCCCUCCUCCUACCCCCCUUCCAACAGCUGUGGCCCCCUCGACUACCACCAGAGGGCCAUGAGCCCUACGGGGAGCUAUGCGUCGUCGGCAGAGUUGAGUCGCUGCAGCAGCCAGCUGAGUGAGGAGGAGUACGGCCCGGAGUACAGAGAGAGGGAUCCUUACGAUGAGAACGACUCUUACCACUCCUGUCACUCCUCUGUCACCUACAGCAAGGGCUCUCCCGACUGGGACCCUGACGAGACCCAGGGGGGGUACAGCGAUGAGGGGGGCUACAGUAAGGACGGAGGUGAGGAGGGGGCCCUCUAUGAGGAGGAUGACGGGGGCCUGUAUGAGGAAGAGGGGACAUAUGAAGGAGAGGAGGGCGAGAUGUAUGAUGAUGAGGAUUACCCUCUGGAUGGCACCCUCAGUGAGGAUAUGGAGGUCCCCUACACCCCCACCCCCACCAGCACGGCACCCCCCACACUCAACGUCCCCGGUGCUUCUAGACCCCCCCUGGAAAAACAGCCUUCUCUGCAUCAACAUCAGGCGCCACCCGUCCAGCCGCCCAGCCAAGCACCAAAUCAAGCCCACCCUCCGGCCAUGGCUCCAGGAGGACAGCCCCUGGGUCAGCCACCCACCCAGGCCCCUCAACCACAAUCUCAGCCCCAGCCAGUCCCCGGCCCAGCACCAGCCCAGUCCUUCUUCUCCAUGGCAAAGCCCUUCUCAGCAGCAGUAACAGGCCUGGCCUCAUCUUUUCUGUCUUCUGGACUCCCCACUACCCAACCUGCCCAGCCUCACCCCCCAGGCCCACAACCCCAGGCUCACCCCCCAGGCUCACAACCCCAGCCCCAGUCUGCCUCCUCCAUUUCCCCGUCUCACCCUGCCACCGGGGCCCCUUCCCCUCAGGGCACCCAGUCCACAACCACUGGCCCUCCCUCCCAGCCGACCCCCUCCACUGCCCCCUCUCAGGCCCAGCCCCCAGCCCAAAAACUCCCCAAUCAGAGGGCCCCGAUUCCAACCCCCCUGCCGGAGGACCAACACCUUCUAGAGGAAAACGAAUCCCUUCCACCCGAGGUUAGGAUCCCCACCCCCAUAGAGGAGGAACCCUCCAUGGAAGACGAGGAGCUGAGUGGUCCUGUAGAUGAGGAGCCCAAGGAGCCGGUGGACCCGUCGCUGCGGGCGAGAGAGAACUGGCUACGAAUCAUCAACAGGGUCCAACAGCAGCUUCGGGAGGCACGAGGAGAGACAUCCAAUUCUUUGUGGUUUGGUAAAGGAGGGGUGGGAGAAGUUUUGUACAGCAUCGACAGCAUGCCUGAUCUGCGCAAGAAGAAAGGCCCCUGCCUGGUCAAAGACCUGUUACAGGCCAUGUCUAUGGCCUCUCAGAACGCUCGGAAGGCUGGGAUCACCACAGCGAUGGCAUGCAGCACCCUCGGCAAUGAGGACCUGAAAAGUCACGUUUAUAAGAAGACCCUACAGGCUCUGAUCUACCCCAUCUCCUGCACCACGCCCCAUAACUUUGAGGUGUGGACGGCCACCACUCCCACCUACUGCUAUGAGUGCGAGGGGCUGCUGUGGGGCAUCGCCCGCCAGGGCAUGAGGUGCUCCGAGUGUGGGGUCAAAUGUCACGACAAGUGUCAGGACCUGCUAAAUGCCGACUGCCUGCAGAGGGCAGCGGAGAAGAGUUCUAAGCACGGGGCAGAGGACAGAACCCAGAACAUCAUCAUGGUGCUAAAGGACAGAAUGAAGAUCAGAGAGAGGAACAAACCGGAAAUCUUCGAGCUCAUCCAGGAAGUGUUUACCGUCGUCAAGGCGACGCACGCCACGCAGAUGAAGCAGAUUAAACAGAGCGUGCUCGAUGGGACGUCCAAGUGGUCGGCCAUGAUCAGCAUGACUGUGCAGUGUGCUCAGGGUCUCCAGGCCAAGGACAAGACUGGUUCCAGUGACCCCUACGUCACAGUUCAGGUGGGCAAGACCAAGAAGAGGACCAAGACCAUCUACGGCAACCUCAACCCUGUCUGGGAGGAGAACUUCCACUUUGAAUGCCACAACUCGUCGGACCGCAUUAAGGUACGCGUGUGGGAUGAGGACGAUGACAUCAAGUCCAGGGUGAAGCAGAAGUUCAAACGGGAGUCAGAUGACUUCCUGGGUCAGACCAUCAUCGAGGUCCGCACUCUCAGCGGAGAGAUGGACGUCUGGUACAACCUGGACAAGAGAACAGACAAGUCAGCUGUGUCUGGAGCCAUCCGGAUGCACAUCAGUGUAGAGAUCAAAGGAGAGGAGACUGUGGCUCCCUGACAGACCAGUACACAGACAUGUUGAUGUGAGCACCUGUUCCAGUACACUACAGAGGUGCAGAACAGUGGUGUGGUGAAGAUCCCUGAUGCUAAAGGAGACGACGCGUGGAAGGUGUACUUCGAGGAGACUCCCCAGGAGAUCGUGGAUGAGUUCGCCAUGCGUUACGGAGUGGAGUCCAUCUACCAGGCUAUGACCCACUUUGCCUGCCUGUCGUCUAAGUACAUGUGCCCGGGCGUGCCCGCGGUGAUGAGUACCCUGCUGGCCAACAUCAAUGCUUACUACGCCCACACCACCCAGUCCACCAAUAACGUCUCGGCAUCAGACCGCUUCGCCGCAUCCAACUUUGGAAAGGACAGGUUUGUGAAACUCCUAGAUCAGCUCCACAACUCCCUGAGGAUUGACCUAUCUAUGUACCGGAAUAACUUCCCAGCCAGUAGCCCUGAGAGGCUGCAGGACCUCAAAUCCACUGUAGACCUACUGACCAGCAUCACCUUCUUCAGGAUGAAGGUCCAGGAGCUGCAGAGCCCCCCCAGGGCCAGUCAGGUGGUGAAGGACUGUGUUAAAGCCUGUCUCAACUCCACCUAUGAAUACAUCUUCAACAACUGUCAUGAACUCUACAGCAGAGAGUACCAGACAGACCCUGCUAAGGCUGACGUUCCAGAAGAGCAGGGUCCCAGUAUCAAGAACUUGGACUUCUGGUCAAAACUCAUCACCCUCAUCGUCUCCAUCAUAGAGGAAGACAAAAACUCCUAUACACCCUGUCUCAACCAGUUUCCUCAGGAACUGAAUGUGGGCGUGAUCAGUGCAGAGGUCAUGUGGAACAUGUUUGCUCAAGAUAUGAGAUAUGCCAUGGAGGAGCAUGAGAAGAACCGGCUGUGUAAGAGUGCUGAUUACAUGAACCUGCACUUCAAGGUGAAGUGGCUCUACAACGAAUACUGCAAAGAGCUGCCCACCUUCCAGAAACGUGUACCUGAGUAUCCAGCGUGGUUCGAGCCGUUUGUCAUCCAGUGGUUGGACGAGAACGAGGAAGUGUCCAGAGACUUCCUGCACGGUGCCCUAGUGAGGGACACAAAGGACGGGUUCCAGGUGACGUCAGAGCAUGCUCUGUUCUCCUGUUCGGUGGUGGAUGUGUUCUCUCAGCUCAACCAGAGCUUCGAGAUCAUACGCAAGUUAGAGUGUCCUGACCCCCAGAUCGUAGGCAACUACAUGAAGAGAUUCGCCAAGACCAUCGGGAACGUUCUGCUGUCCUAUGCUGAGAUCAUUUCCAAAGAGUUCCCUAAACAAUGUGGGAACAAAGAGAAAGAGAAAGUGCCCUGCAUCAUCAUGAAUAACAUCCAACAGCUUAGAGUGCAGCUGGAGAAGAUGUUUGAGGCCAUGGGAGGCAAGAAUCUGAACGUGGAGGCCAGUGACUUCCUGAAGGACCUGCAAUUAAAGCUCAACAACGUCAUGGACGAUCUAAGUAGGAUCUUUGCCGUCAGUUUUCAGCCCCAGAUUGAGGAAAAUGUAAAGCAGAUGGGAGAUAUCUUGGGCCAGGUGAAGGGACAGACUGUUACAGACAACAACAGCGUGGCCGGGGACGCAGACAACGUCCUGCAGCCCAUCAUGGACUUCCUCGACACCAAUCUGUCGCUGUUUGCUAAGAUCUGUGAGAAGACUGUGCUGAAGAGAGUGCUGAAGGAACUGUGGAAACUGGUCAUUAACACUAUGGAGAAAAGCAUUGUGCUUCCCCCGUUCACAGACCAGUCGGGCACUCAGAUGAUCUUUAAUGCAGCUAAGGAGUUGGGUCAGCUUUCUAAGCUCAAGGAGCACAUUGUGAGAGAGGAGGCCAAGGCUCUCUCCCCUAAACAGUGUGCCAUCAUAGAGCUGGCAUUGGACACCAUUAAGCAAUACUUCCAUGCGGGUGGUGUGGGUCUGAAGAAGACGUUCCUGGAGAAGAGUCCUGACCUGAAGUCUCUGCACUACGCCCUGUCCCUCUACACACAACACACUGACAAGCUCAUCAGGAAGUUUGUCCUUUCACAAAAUGCUCAGGUCCAUGGAGGGAAGGGCGUCAGGUAUACCCUCAACGAAGACACAUUACCAGAAAAGGGGUCGGGAGUGGAGGAGCCAAUCGGAGAGGUGGUAAUGCACGUGGAGAUCUACACCCAUCCCAACACUGGAGAACACAAGAUCACUGUGAGAGUGAUUGCUGCUAAUGACAUUAAGUGGCAGACCCAGGGGAUAUUUCGUCCCUUCGUGGAGGUCUACAUCAUUGGUCCCCACCUCACUGACAAAAAGAGGAAGCACGCCACCAAGUCCAAGAAUAACAGCUGGUCGCCCAAGUUCAACGAGACCUUCCAGUAUUCCUUGGGCAGUGAGUUGGGUCCGGAGGGCUAUGAGCUGCAGGUGUGUGUGAAAGACUACUGCUUCGCCAGGGAGGACCGUACGGUGGGCAUGGCCCUGAUGCAGUUGAAGGACAUGGCCUCCCGGGGCAGCAUGACCUGCUGGCUCCCCCUGGGGAAGAGGGUCCACAUGGACGAGACGGGCCUGACGGUACUGAGGAUCCUGUCCCAACGCAACAACGACGACGUGGCCAAAGAGUUUGUCAAGCUCAAGUCAGACCAGCGCUCUGCCGAGGAGGGACGGGCGAGCUGAGAGGGAGAGUAGAGAUGGGCCUAGUGAUCAAGAUACUAAUUUAGAUAUACACACACACACAGUUACUAAUACAAUACUGGCAUGUUUAUGUCAUAUAAACACAGUCAUGAACACACUAAUCAUCUCUAAUCACAUAAUGAUUAUCAAAUGUACACAAACACAGAGGUGACCAACAGUUCCUUUGAGCACCUGUCAAUGAACCAAUCAAUUUAUCAAUCCAUUUCUACUGCUCUCUCUCUCAUUAUCUCUCUUUCACUCUUGCAUAUUACACAUUUUAUAUAUAUUUAAUGCAGAAAUGUGAGAAACAAAUAUCACCUGAUGAGUUAUGGUGGAGUUAUAGAGACAGAUGACUUUGCACUUUGACCUCUCGGCAUGUUCAAGAGAGCAGCCCUAAAUCCCAACUCUUACUUCUCCGUCUGUUCCUAUUAGUCUGUGUGUGGGUUUAUCAGUGUGUUGUUCUCUUUCGCUCUCUUUCCUUUUCUCUAUGUUGUGCUCAGUCUUCCUGUCAUGUGAUGUGCUCUGGGUAGAAGUAGACCUCAGUGACAGAUCUAGGAUCAGCUUACACAGUUGUCCUGGCUUUCCCUGUUGGGGAGAGGGAAAUGUAACAUUGACCUUAAAUCAGCGUCUGGGUGCAGCUUCAUCCUACCUCGUGUGAUGAUGUACUUCCUGCAUGUUGAACCCAAUUCUCAGAGAACACUGUGAUUAAUUAGCUGAUACCACGGCAACAGCUGUACAGACCCCGCCCCCCACGGACACUUGACACCUUAUACCUGUGUGCACGGUGCAUAUAACCUGGUAUAAUAAGGGUUAACAUAAUAAUAACCUUUGUAACCAUGAAGAAAACUACUAUCCAGUAAAAAACUAAGUGAGGAAUGAAGAAUGUGCCGACGUUUGAUAUGAAUGUGUAUUUUGUAAGACACGCCAGUCUUUCACAUGGGUUGAGGAUAGCCUAGGUUUGGAUCAGAGUUGUUGGAUGUUAGCGUGUUUGGAACACACCAUAUGGCCAUGUUGUAUAUAGACACUGAGAUGGUGCCGCAGACCCAAACAUGUACCUUUUGAAGAUGGUCUGCUCUUUUUACAUACUCACCUACCCUAGCAAUGGCCCUGGCCUGACAUUACUAUAAAGGAGUAAUACUAGCCAAUAGAUGGUUGAUUCAACCCCUCAUAAACCCCCUUCUGUGUUCCCUUGAAAGUGCACAAAUACUGCAAAGGGCUACAGGACCAGCAGACAUAGACAUUACAUAGACACUGCCUGGUCACUUCUCCCGUCUGUGUCUGUGAGAAUUGAAUAAAUAUGUUUUCUGUGCUAUGGGCCAUAAGAUAAAACUAACCCAUAGGCCACUAUAUACAGUGAGCACCAGAAGUAUUGGGACAGUGACACAUUUUGUUGUUGUUUUGGCUCUGAACUCCAGCACUUUGGAUUUGAAAUGAUACAAUGACUUUUCAUUUAGAAACUUUUUGUACAUAGUCCCCCCAUUUUAAGGGACCAAAAGUAUUGGGACAAAUUCACUUAUAUGGGUAUUAAAGUAGUUAAAAUGUCAGUAUUUGGUCCCACAUUCCUUGCACGUAACGAUUACAUCACGCUUGUGACUCUACAAAUAGUUUGGAUUCAUUUGCAUGUUUGUUUGGGUUGUGUUUCAGAUUGCUACAUGCUAACAUCCCAUGCUAUUGUAAAGGUGAGAGGUUAGCAUGUCUUGGGGGUAUGAUAUUGUGUGUUUAACUUUCUCACUCAUCAUUAUUCACAAUUAAUUCAGGAUUAGCCAUAGCAUCUAUAUUCAUGUAGAAGUGUUUAGAAACAUUAUAUUCUUAUUUACAAUAAAAGUGACUCUAAAAUGAAACAAUACAUUAUUUACCAAUAAUUUCUAUUGGGCACAAAAUGAUCUGAAACAACCAAAACAAACCGCAAAUGGAUCCAACAAGCUUGUAGAGUCACAUGCUUGAUGUAGACUUUGGGUACUAGGCAUAUGGGACCAAAUACUACACUUUUGACUACUUUAAUACAUGUGAAGUGAAUUUGUCCCAAGACUUUUUGUAAUUUCUA